AUGAGAGCUCAAAUAGUUUUAUUAGGAAUUUUGCUCAUCUGCACGAGCAUUCGGUAUGCAAAUAGCAGAUCGAAAAAAACGACGCAGCUGUCAUUGCAGAGCAAAGAAACCAACGUGGUAAAUUUUAUGCGGCUGUUGGUGAUGAGAUUGGUCUUUGGGGUAGCUUCGGCGAUGGGAUUAGGUGAAAAUCUCUCGGGUGUACUCGGCGGAAUUUUCGUGCCGCCCGGAGCUGAAGAGUACAAUGAAGACUACGGAGAUGAUGAUUUAAUUGUACCUGAUAUUUUCUAAAAUAAAUAUUAGAUCUAAAACUUAAUUCUCGGUUCCUGUAUU